GGCCGGUGGCCCUGCUGCCAUGGGAGCGGAGCAGAGCGCAGAGGCCGAGAGCCGGCCGAGGGAACCCAACACCUCAGCAUCUCCAUCACCAGCCAAGCAACGAGCAAAAAUGGAUGACAUUGUGGUGGUAGCCCCAGGAACACAAUCCUCCCGGAACGUCAGUAAUGAUCCAGAUGUCAUAAAACUGCAGGAAAUUCCAACUUUCCAGCCACUUUUGAAAGGCCUCCUCAGUGGGCAGACCUCUCCCACCAACACCAAACUGGAGAAGCUGGACCCCCAGCAGGUGCUACAGCUUUGUCUACGGUACCAAGAUCAUCUUCACCAGUGUGCAGAAGCAGUUGCCUUCGAUCAGAAUGCCCUUGUGAAGAGGAUCAAAGAGAUGGACCUCUCCGUGGAAACUCUGUACAGCUUCAUGCAGGAGCGCCAGAAGAAGUAUGCCAAGUAUGCAGAGCAGAUCCAGAAGGUGAAUGAGAUGUCUGCCAUCCUGCGCCGCAUCCAGAUGGGCAUCGACCAGACGGUGCCGCUGCUGGAGCGGCUGAACGCCAUGCUGCCCGAGGCCGAGAGGCUGGAGCCCUUCAGCAUGAAGCCUGAGCGGGAGCUCCGCUCCUAGCUGGGCAGGCAGGCUCCUUCUCCUCUCCUUCCACGCUCCAGCCUCUGGCACCGACGCGCUCCCGGCGCAGAGGUGCUCCCAGCAGGCUGCCCUGGCAGAUGUUGGGAGCGCAGGGCAGCGCUGCCGGACUCGCUGCCGGAGCGCUGGAGGAGGAGUGCUGUCAGCUGCCAGAGCCGCACAGCCGGGAAUCCAGGAGCUCCCAAGUCCUGUGCUCUGGAGAAAAUGAUUUACUGUUCCUUCAUCUCCCUCCUCCUGCCUCCUAGACCACACCACCUCCCGUGCAGAGACAUUUGUUGUGUUGCUGACUAGAGGAGGAGUUUGCUUUCAGCUGACCCUUUUGUUGUUGUCGUUGCUGGUUUUUUUAACUAGAGGAAUUCAAAGGGAUAUGGGGUAUGACAAACCCUCUAACAUGGUGGUUUUGUGCUACAAGGAGAUGGCUUCUGAGCUUUUUUUUUCCCUGAGCUUUUUUCCCUGGCCUUGGAAGUGUGUGUGUGUGUUUUAUAGGUGAAAGUGUGGUAGCCAGGAACCAGGCUGUUAAAAUCUGCCAUUAUCAUAAUGAACAUGGUUUGCGUGGCAGGGUUUUGGCACGUCCUCCUUCAGGCUCCUGGCUUUAUGGGCUCACUAAUUUAUGAGGCUGUAAAGGACUAACUGUUGCAGAUCUGUAUGUCUGGUAAUGUUCAGAAAGCUUUAGUGUUGCUCUCAAUGUCCCCUUGCCCCAGCUGCUGUAGGGGGAGACCUCCCACCUCGUGUCCUUCACCUUGCAGGGUGAUUCUGACAGGCUCUGGCACUGACCUGCUCACUUUGCAUCCCAGAGUUGGACUCGAGG